AGUUAGUGUUAUUCUAAACUAAACACACUUCACAUUAUGUAGUUAGUGUCCCUCGCCAAACACACCCACCCCACACAUUUUUGUUCUCUUCUUUUUCACUUUCACUCUCAUCUGCCAAACUAAAUAAAUGCAUUAUAAUUACAUUUUCAUUUCCUCUCUGUCUCUCUAGAUCUCUCCCAUCUUCAAAACAACCCUUUCAAACUCCAACUUCCAUGGCUGACACCACCAAAUACACCCCCAUAGCCACAACUACCACCACUCCUAACAACUUCCACAAACUCGACUUCAAAAACCUCUUCUCCAUUCUCAAAACCAAAACCACCAUCGCUUUUGCUUAUGCUUUUAUGCUCAUUUUCAUUGCUUUCACUCUCUUCCUAGCUUUUUCCCCUUCUUCCACCACAACAAUUUCCCCAACACCUAGUUUUUCCACUUCUCAAUUUUCCUCCAUUUUCUCAUACUUUUUCCCAAACACCACCACUCCACAAACUCUCAACAACACAACCAAUCCUCUUGAUCCAUUUCAAAACAACACUUCCACAACUAGAUCUACCAAUGCAACUUCUCAAUCUCAAUCUCAAUCUUCAUUUCCCAACAACACAAGUGCACACAAAAAUUCAUCACAAGAUGCAGUUACUAUUCCAGCCACAAACAACACUCAAAUUGUAAAAAUAGAACCAUCUAGGCUCACAAAUCAAACCACAAAUGCUACUGUUCAAGGAGUUGCUCCAGUUACUCCUCACCAGAAUUUGAGUUCUAAUUCUUCGUUGAAAGGUGUUGAUUUGAACAAUUACACAGCUUCACUUGCUAAGAAAAAGAACAGUGAGAAAAACAAGUACGCGGAGUUGAUGGAAUCUCUGAUGAAUUGUGAUUUUUUUGAUGGUGAAUGGGUUAAAGAUGAUUCUUAUCCUCUUUAUAAACCUGGUUCUUGUUCAAUAAUUGAUGAACAGUUCAAUUGUAUUCGAAAUGGAAGACCGGAUAAAGAUUAUCAGAAAUACAAAUGGAAACCUAAGGGAUGCACCCUCCCAAGGUUGGAUGGCCAUAAAUUGCUUGAUUUGUUGAGAGGGAAGAGACUGGUUUUUGUUGGUGAUUCUCUCAAUAGGAAUAUGUGGGAAUCACUUAUUUGUAUACUUAAAAAUUCUGUGAAAGAUAAAAAGAAUGUUUAUGAAGCAAAUGGAAGAGUUCAUUUUAGAGGGGAAGCUUCUUAUUCAUUUGUGUUCAAAGAUUAUAACUUCUCUGUGGAGCUUUUUGUGUCGCCGUUCUUAGUUCAAGAGUGGGAAAUGCCGGAUAAAAAUGGGACAAAGAAGGAAACACUUCGUCUUGAUUUAGUUGGUAGAUCUUCCGAUCAAUAUAAAGAUGCAGAUAUCAUUGUCUUUAAUACUGGUCACUGGUGGACUCAUGAUAAAACUUCUAAAGGGAAGGACUAUUACCAAGAAGGUAGCCAUGUCUAUGAUGAAAUGAAUGUUCUUGAAGCGUUCCGAAGAGCUAUAACAACUUGGGGCAGGUGGGUUGAUACGAAUGUAAAUCCAUCCAAGUCCAUAGUUCUGUUUAGAGGCUAUUCUGCUUCCCAUUUCAGUGGUGGGCAAUGGAAUUCGGGUGGACAAUGUGACCAUGAAACUGCGCCCAUCGAUAACGAAAAGUACCUAACAGAGUACCCGCCUAAGAUGAGGGUGUUGGAGAAGGUGCUUAAGUAUAUGAAAACACCUGUAUCCUAUCUGAAUAUCACUAGGAUGACAGAUUUUCGGAAGGACGGUCAUCCCUCGAUAUACCGGAAGCAAAAUCUGUCCCCCGAAGAAAGAAAGUCACCAUUAAGAUACCAAGACUGCAGUCAUUGGUGCCUUCCGGGUGUUCCUGAUGCGUGGAAUGAGAUUCUCUACGCCGAAAUACUAAUGAGAGAGUACCGAAAUCAGCAUCAGCAGAAGGGAUCAUAGGUAAAGAAAGAACUACCAAAAACCUCUUCCUCCCUUAUACAUUAUAUCCAAUGUGUUAAAGAUGAAAUUAGAUACAGAUGCAAUAUACCAUACAGAAAAUGCCUUUUUUUCUCCUAUUUGUCUUAAAAAGGUUCAUAAAGUUGAGUGAAACAGUAGUGUGUAAUUAAGAGAUGUGGUUACCAUGACUUGGUGAGGUGAGGAGAGGAGAGAAUGCUAUACGGUGGUUCAGUUUGUCAUUGUAAAUCAUACCUUCCAUUGUCUCUACAUUUUCUUUCUAGCCUCAAAGGGUGAUUGGUGUUGUAAAUCUCUGAUCAACUGGAUUUUUGUUUAAUGUAAUCAAAGUUCUGAUAAAUAAUCUUAAAUUAUUUUAUUUAUAUAUAA